CACGGAAAAUUUACGUAUAUCAUUCGUUUGUUACUAAAUAAAUCCCAUUUUAAUUCGACGUUUAUGGGUCAUAUAAAUAGGGCGGUAAACUUGAGUCGGAAGUCAAAAUAAUAAACCUGAAGUUAAGAAAGGUAGAGAUAGUUAACGGGUGUCAUUUACAUGGACGAGGUAUAUUUUGAAAGAUUUGAACUUUGGAAAAGCUUUAAAAAUAAGUUAUUGAAGAAGGAUUAAGGUAUCUGUCUAAUGAACCAAAUUUAGAAGAGUAGUCUGUGUCGAUCCAGGCGGCAUGUUUUCCCUUUCUAAUACAACUCUGUCAUCCAGCCCAGAUCAAGAUGGCUGCCGAUACUGGACCAGCUUCGAUCCAAAAUCGUUCUCUAAGGGCGACCGGAAGAAGGUAUUUGGUGGAAUUCUAAACGGAAAGGGUCCGAGAAGAGGUGAAAUUGUUGUUAUUAAGGCUUUUAAAAAUAUGCCAGGAACAGAAUCCAUGUGUAAAACCGAACUAUGCAAUAAUCAAAAAGCGCGGGAACUGGCGGACGGCUUCAACGCUUGCUAUCCGUUUCAGCAUAUCGAAUUUUCGUCCAUUCUUAACGCCUUAAUCGAUGACGUGUCCGUUUCGUACAGUCUGCUGAAUUCCAAUCGAAAAAUCACAAAAAGCGAGUGGGUUUUAAUGGAGGAAAAUGUCGGUAAGCAUUUCGUAACCUUUAUAGACAAACAUGGCGUCACUUCCAGAGACUGCCCCCAGGCACUGGCUGCCUUUAUGCACUGGACAUAUCACGUGACGAGUGGUCAGCUUGUUGUGUGUGGAUUAGAAGGUGACCGGAACAUGCAUGCGUGUCGGUUAAAGACCCCGACAGUUCAUUCCAUCAACCGACAAUAUGGCGAAUGCGACUACGGCGAAGCAGGGAUUAACACCGUCUUCCGGAAUCACAGAUGCAACAACAUGUGCCAAGAUCUGAUCAAACCGUUUAAUGUCAAUAAUCGAUUUCCGUCCAGCAUUUAUCCUAAUUUACCUUUAGAACCGUCAGCACCAUAUGAACCGGACAUGUUUACAUUUGAUGACUUACAACAUGAACAAAGACAAAUUCCGUCACCGACAUUUUAUCAGUCCAUUACAACAAAUUAUCUUCUGUCUCAAUUUGAAUACAAUCACCAUGGUGAUAAUUGUAUAUAAAUAAACGACGUAUUCCGUGUUUGAAUUCGAUGGGUUUCAGACCUUGAUUGAAUUCAGCGGGUUUCUAAUCUUUCUUGAAUUCAGCGGUUUUCAAACUUUUCUUGAAAUCAGCGAGUUUCAAACUUUGCUUCAAUUCAGUGGGUUUCAAACCUUGCUUGAAAUCAGCGAGUUUCAAACAAACUUUGCUUGAAUUCAGUGGGUUUCUAACCUUGCUUGAAUUCAGCGGGUUACAAACUUUGCUUGAAUUCAGCUGGUUUCAAACCUUGCUUGAAUUCAGCGGGUUACAAACUUUGUUUGAAUUCAGCGGGUUACAAACUUUGCUUGAAUUCAGCGGGUUUCAAACCUUGCUUGAAUUCGGCGGGUUACAAACUUUGCUUGAAUUCAACGGGUUUCAAACUUUGCUUCAAUUCAGUGGGUUUCGUGCCGUGCUUUAUGCUCAGAUCCAAAUUUUAAAGUAUUCCAAAAAAGUGUUCGUUAUUUGGUAUGUUAUGUAUGCUUGCACGCGCGCACACGUACAUGUUACGUUCAU